GCACAGAAUGCUGUGGAACCAACCUAUGUAAUGCAGAUGCAUGUGGAGAACCAGGAUAUCCUUCGAAUAGAGGACCAGUUUGUUACAACUGUCCAUCUCAUACCAGUACUAUGCCAUGUCAUGACAUCGACUUUUGUUUGGAGGAAGAGACAUGCAGCAUAGUUGGAAGACAGCUGUUUUCAAGUGAAGUUCGUACAAGCAAAUGCAUAUCCAAACAUGCCUGUAGAGAUCAAACGGGCAGCCAUGUUUCUAUAAUUGGAAAACGUGACGAUGCCUUUGCGAAAAGAACUCAGCAGCACACGUGCGACCUUUGUUGUCAUGACGACCUAUGCAACCGGAACUGCUUAACAGCGUCAAACAUUCCCGAUAAAGAUGAAUGCACCUCAAACCCCUGCGGCUUCGGUGGAACCUGCUUUGACGCAAUUAAUGGGUACAAUUGCGUUUGUGCACCUGGAUUUUCCGGACUGAAUUGUGAAAUAGACAUCGAUGAAUGCAUAUCAAACCCGUGUGGCUUGGGCGGAACCUGCUUUGACGCAAUUAAUGGGUACAAUUGCGUUUGUGCACCUGGAUUUACUGGAGUUAAUUGUGAAACAGAUAUAGAUGAUUGUUUAUUUGGGUUAUGUGGAACAUAUGGUACCUGUAUUGACGGCAUUAAUAGCUACACUUGCGCUUGCGAAAUGGGAUUUACCGGAAACUACUGUGAAAUAAACAUCGAUGAGUGCGCCCCAAACCCCUGUGGCUCCGGUGGAACUUGCUUUGACGCAAUAAAUGGGUACAAUUGCGUUUGUGCACCUGGAUAUUCCGGAGUUAAUUGUGAAAUAGAUAUUGAUGAUUGUUUAAUUGGUUUAUGUGGAACGCAUGGUACAUGUAAUGACAAACUUAAUGGUUAUAUGUGUAUGUGUGCACCGGGAUUUACCGGAAACAACUGCGAAACUAAGCUGACUGCUACAGAUUGUACUGACGUAUUACACCAAAGUUUUAACCCAUCAAACGGUGUUUACAAUGUUACAACAUGGAAAACUCACCGAACAAUCCAGGUUUACUGUGACAUGACAACAGCCGGUGGAGGUUGGACGGUUUUUCAAAAUCGAUUUGAUGGCUCUGUCACCUUUACUAGGAGCUUCUCUGAAUACGUCAAUGGAUUUGGAGACAUUCAUAAAGAAUUCUGGCUAGGACUAGAAAAUCUUCAUGAACUUGUUAGUCAAGGUAACUACGAACUUCGAAUAGAUGUAACAGCCGCGAAUGGAUCUAAAGGAUAUGAGACAUUUCCAAACUUUACCAUAUCAGCCGGCUCAAACUACACGUUGCAUAUUUCACCAGGUCAUGGAUCAAUAGGAGACAAUGCUCAGCAGGGUAUGUCGUUUCACAAUGGUAUGCCGUUCAGUACAUUCGAUCAUAAAAACACUUACCAAUGUGCACAAACGUAUAAGUCAGGAUGGUGGUAUAACAGGUGUAUGUUUGUGCACUUAAAUGGAGUUUAUUUUUCACCAGGUACGAUCGACGACAGAGCAAUGUUUUACAACAUGUUUACCCAAGGAAACAAAUCAUUACAAACAUCACGUAUGAUGUUUAGAAAAGUGUGAAGUGUAUGACAUACGGUUACUUAUACUUUAAUUUGAUAGCAAGCAACAUGGAACAAUAGUAAGUGAAUGUGCAACUUGUUUAUUGCAAAUACUUAUGCAAAUGUUUUGAAAUAAAUAAGAUAAAGACUGAGAUGGAUAAAUAAAUUUUGGUGAAUGGUCCCUUGCCUCUAAAAAGUAUUGGUUUUAAACAUAAAACAAAUUUAUCCGUAUUUUUACUUAAAGUUUGAAUAGGAUGUAUGAUUUUAACUAUCUUAAGAAAUGAAUCCACAGACGGGAUUGUAAACAACUUAAUAAUUGCAAUACUUUACAGUGAUUAUACAUGUACCGGUCAACAACAGGAGGUAACAACAACAAUUAUAUAAUGAAACAAAACUAUUGUAUAUAAACUAAAG